GAUGAUCCACACGAACAUCAGUUCAGUCUACAGAACGCUAUUGCUCGAUAAAGUGAUCGGGAAUUGUAUACAAAAUGGCAAGUAAUAACGUGGUUGGAAUUUUAACAAGUGAUCCUCUUUAUAGAAGUUACUUCUUCUAUUGCUCAAUAUUAAUUUUAAAAAUGAUGCUGAUGUCUUCUCUGACCGGAAUGAAAAGGAUGAUAUACGGAGUCUUCAUCAAUCCCGAAGAUACUGUGAUGCAUAAGGUUAAAACAUCAACCAAUGAAAAAAUAGAAAGGGUGAGAAGGGCACAUUUGAAUGACGUGGAGAACAUACCAUUGUUCUUCGUUUCUGCUUUCAUCUACUGCCUGACUGGGCCAAGUGUUGCAUGGGCCACACUGUUAUUCAAGACUUAUACAUGGUGCAGAAUUUUACAUACCAUUGUUUAUGCCAUUAAGCCCCUACCGCAGCCUUCCAGGAUGUUGGUUUGGGUUGUAGGUUAUGCUAUAACUGGUUAUAUGGCAUUGAGUAGUCUCUUUUAUUUCAUGUGAAUGGAGUUGUUAUAUUUUUUUAUUGUUUUUGUGUUAGAAAAUAAAUUUUGGAUUUUUU